AUGGCUGAUCCACCUGUUCCCCGUGCGUCCUCUCUGCGUCGCCGUCCCCCGCGCCCGCCCGUCGAGGGAUCCAACUGGCAGCGUCGUAACUCCACGCUAUCCGACUCGCUAUCCGAGGCCCGCAACUCUAUCCGCUCCUCUACUGAUGACCUGUUUCUCCCCCGCGUAGCCAAAGGCGAGGACCCUGCGACCGACGAGUCGCAUUGGCACUCCGCGCCGCUGGGCCUGGCGCUGCUGCCGGCCAUUGCGGGUGUUUUCUUUCAGAAUGGCAGUGUCUUUGUUACGGACGUCACAUUAUUGGUGCUCGCUGCCAUCUUUCUUAAUUGGUCCGUCCGGCUACCAUGGGACUGGUAUCGCUCGGCCCAGGCAAUCCAGCGCGAGUCUGGAUUCGAGGCUCCGACAGAGGAACCCAUCGGAACCGAUCUAGAUGAGGUCGAUGAGGCUGAUGAGGCUGAUGAGGCUGAUGAAGCUGUCGAGGCUGCCGAGCCUGUCGAUUCUCAAAAUGGCCCUCAACGCCAGCACCUGCGUGCGUCGGCUGAAGCAGAAGCCGUGAAAGAACUCCAAAUCCACGAAUUGUCUGCCCUCGCCUCAUGUUUCGUCUUUCCCGUGAUCGGCGCUUGGCUGCUGCACGGCAUCCGAGGCAGUCUCUCGCGCCCGUCGGAAGGCCUCGUCUCAAACUACAAUCUCACCAUCUUCCUGCUAGCAUCCGAGGUCCGACCCGUCGCCCACCUUCUUAAACUUGUACAAGCACGCACCCUCCAUUUGCAGCGCCUUGUAGCCUCAUCCGACAAUGAAGUCGUUCCCCAAACGGUCCGAGACCUCACUACCCGGCUUGAAGAGCUGGAAGCUCACGUCGCCGAGGCCGCCGCAGCCCGCCUGGAGUCGGCCUCAAAGGGUCACUCCCAGGAAGCAGAUGCCCCAUCUCUCAUCACCCACGCAGUUGUCGAAAGUCGCCGUGCCGUACAACCAGAUAUCGAGGCCCUCAACCGCGCUGUUCGCCGCUACGAGAAACGCACAGCCGUUACCACCCACCAGGCUGAUAUACGCUUUCAACAGCUUGAAGCUCAAGUCCACGACGCCAUCGCUCUAGCUGCGGCUGCGCAGCGCUCCAGUCUAUCUCGACGCCAGAGCUACGCUUUCAUUCUCCUCGAUUGGGCAUGUGCCUGUAUCGUCAUCCCUGCACAACUCUUCCUAUCUAUCCUAAACAUACCGGGUCGGGCAGUAAACCACUGUCUAUUAACAGCCAAGCGCAUGAUGGGCUCUCGUCGGCCACCCCAGCUGCGAUCCAGGCCCAGCAAGGGGAAAGCUGUAUCCCGUCGAACCCGUUCGCCUCCACCACCUCGUGUCCCGCUUGAACAGCGUAUUUCCAGUCCGCUGAACGGACAGGGUCGCUAG